UACCACUUUUCUAGAACAAAAAAGUAAAACAAUUCAUCCAUCCAAUGGAUUAUUGUAUAGCUGUGAAUUGGGAGGCACUGGACUCUCUAAUUAUCGAUUUCGUCAAAUCCGAAAACCUAAUCGAAGAAGACUCAGUAGGUUCUCCUUCUUCGUGUUAUCAGUCACGAUUACUUAUCCGUCAGAUCAGACGUUCAGUUGAGUAUGGUCACAUUGAUGCCGCUAUUGAUCUCUUGCGUGUACACGCGCCUUCUGUUCUUGAUGAUCACCGUCUUCUCUUCUGCUUGCAGAAGCAGAGGUUUAUUGAACUUUUGAGGAAAGGAACUGCAGAGGACCGAGAAUCUGCCAUUAAUUGCCUCCGAGAGUCACUGGCACCUUGUGCAUUGGAUGCAUAUCCAGAAGCAUAUGAGGAAUUUAAGCAUAUUCUUCUUGCCUUGGUUUAUGAUGAAGAAGAUAAGAAUUCUCCGGUGGUGAGGGAGUGGUCUCCAAGGAGGAGGAUUGACAUUGCUGGACUGCUGUCAUCUGUUUUAAGGGCUCAUUUAUGUGCAUAUGAUCCUCUUUUUGCGAUGUCAUUGAGGUACUUGAUAAGCAUACACAAGUUGUUUUGCUUUCGUCAGGGAGUUCCAUCACCUAUAUCAGAUCUUACGCAGAGGUUACUUCUCGAGGAUCGUGACCCCCCUGCGACACCACUUGAGAGUUCCUAUGAAGCACCUCCAUUUGAUGAGGUGGACAUACAAGCUCUUGCACAUGCUGUAGAGCUUACAAGGCAAGGGGCUAUUGAUAGCUUGAGAUUUGCCAAGGGUGACUUAUAUCAAGCAUUUCGGAAUGAGUUGUGCCGGAUAAGGUUGGACGACCCCAUGGUUGAUGAGCUUGUUCAUGAGUAUUGUGUCUAUAGGGGAUUCAUCAACUUUAGUGUGGUAGAUUCUCCUGGGAUGCAACUUAGUAUCAACGAUGAUCAAUCAGUGUAUGGGCAUUUGCCAAAGAACUGUUCCACUGAAGUUGGGCAUGGAAACACGAAACUUUCUGGCAGUGGCACCUCCGCUACUCAAGUAAUCAUGGAGGGAUCACCUGAAAGUAAUACCAACUUGGCUAGCAUUCGAAGUACUGAUACUGAAGAGCGUUACCCUAGUGAGACAAGUCAUGGAGAUUGCAGUACCAGUGGGACUCCUCAGUUCGAAAAAAUUCUGCAGAAAAAUAAGUCUCUUAGAGUUGGUGAAACAAACAAACGCAAAAGAUGGAGGGGGAGACAUGAAAACACAGAAUUUGUGUCUGGACCUACCAGUGAAAGGAGCAGAGAAGAUCUUAAUGCCAGCACGACUAUGUUGAAAGAUCAGCAGGUCUCUCCGAAAUCGUGCUUCCUGAAUAUGAUGAAGAACCGAGAGGACAAGCAUGAGCUUGUGCUGGGUUUGAAGGAAUUAGCUAGCAGAGGAAUGGCAGAGGAGGUCGUGGAGGAGAUUAAUGAGAUGGAUUCAAACUUUUUUGUGCAGAACCCUGCUCUACUUUUUCAACUUAAGCAGGUUGAAUUUUUGAAGCUGGUUGUCUCGGGCGAUCAUACUCAGGCACUGAGGGUAGCCUGUUCUUUUCUGGGUCCUUUGGCUUCUAGUCAUCCUGAUCUAUUGAAACCAUUAAAGGAGACUUUGCUAGCUUUGCUCAAACCUAAUGAAGAGGCAUUUAAUGAACACAUGCCCUUAUGUGCUCUUGCCAAUACACUCCAGGUUGCUAUUGGUAGGAGGCUUGGUAUUGAAGAACCCCAGCUUAUGAAAAUUAUAAGGGCCACACUUUAUACACACAGUGAGUGGUUCAAACUUCAAAUGUGUAAAGAUCGAUUUGAAGGGCUCUUAAAGAUUGACACCCUGAAAGAAGCUGGUGCCAAAUUGAUUAUAGAUGCUUCCAGAUUGGAUGUUGACAUGAGCACUGAUGGAUCAUCUCAAGUUACUGGUUCCUCAAAUAAUAAGAAACAGGAAGAUGGAAGUCCAACCCAGUCAUCGGCCAGAGAUGUUGGAUGUGAUGAAACUGCAAUACUAAAAGUUAUGGAAUUUCUGGCAUUGCCCAGAGCGGAUGCAAUUCAUCUCCUUGCACAAUAUAACGGGAAUGCAGAGACGGUCAUUCAGCAGAUAUUUGCAUAGUUCCUAGAUUAUAGCGGAACGGUGAUAUUCAUUUAUUUGUUAAAUUGUUUAGUUUCCUACCAUAAAUUCUUACCUCUGAGGCUUUAUUAUAGGCUGAAAGAGGGGAUGUAAUAACUUAGAAAACAACAAAAAUAGGUGGAAAGGGGAUGUCUUUGUGUGUUACCUGAAAACUUUUCCACGUCAAGUAUGAUAUUGGCUGAUGAGAGGUUUGGUUAUGUAAAGUGCUCUGUAAAUACACGUCAUAAAUGAGGAUGAAGAAGUUCCAAUGAAA